UGAAAUAGUUGAUGGGAUGUUUUGUCCCCACACUUUACGGCCAGUCAGAUAUCACGUGCGCUCAUAUUACCGUCAUUACUGCAGAGCUGCGGAGGCGGGACGGCGAAGCAGGAACACUUUGGGAGACAGUUGUUUGGUUGGGAAAUAUGAGGUCUGCCAUGCUGGCGCUUCUUCUCCCCUUGAUUCUGACAGCAGGAAGUGACGUCAGCACUGGGAGAGCGGUAGAGAAGAAGAAGCCCAACUUUGUUCUCAUGAUGGUGGAUGACCUCGGAAUUGGGGAUAUAGGUUGCUAUGGCAACAACACAAUCAGGACUCCUAACAUAGACAGACUUGCUUCAGAGGGAGUAAAACUGACCCAGCACAUUGCUGCAGCUCCUCUCUGCAGCCCAAGCCGGGCUGCUUUCAUGACGGGGCGGUAUGCUGUUCGCUCAGGAAUGGCCAGCACAGGCCGCGUGCAGGUGCUGUUGUUCCUCGGAGGUUCAGGAGGACUUCCAGCCGGUGAGACAACCUUUGCCAAGAGGCUGCAGCAACAGGGAUACUCCACUGGCCUAAUAGGUAAAUGGCACUUAGGUGUGAACUGUGAAUCCAGAGGGGAUCACUGUCAUCACCCAAACCAGCAUGGCUUCAGCUACUUCUAUGGCCUGCCGUUCACUUUGUUUAAUGAUUGUGUGCCUGGAGAGGGCAAAGACGUACUGGUGGAUCUCCAGCAAACACUCCAGCAUCUUACCCUUUUGUUUGCAGUUGGACUUCUUACUAUGGUGUUCGUCCGUGUGAGCGGUCUUCUUGAGGUCAGCCUCUGGUUUCUGGUGCUGCUUUUCUUUCUUGGUUUGGUAGCCGCCGCCGUGUGGUAUGUGCCUUUUGCGCUCCUGCAAACUUGGAACUGCAUCCUCAUGAGGAACCAAGAGGUCAUCGAGCAGCCCAUGACAGUGGAAACACUACCCCAGAGGUUGCUGGGUGAAGCACAGGAUUUCAUAAAAAGGAAUGCUGAUCGUCCAUUCCUCCUCUUCUUCUCUUUGGCCCACAUUCACACGCCACUGUUCAAAAGUCCAGCCUUCACUGGCAAGAGUCGCCAUGGUCGCUAUGGUGACAAUCUAGAGGAGGUGGACUGGAUCAUUGGUAAAGUAAGAGACACUGUGGAUUCUCUCGGCUUGGCCAACAACACCCUGAUGUAUUUUACAUCGGACCACGGUGGACACCUGGAGGAUUCCGACCCCCACAUUGGGCAAAAAGGAGGAUGGAAUGGAAUAUAUAAAGGUGGGAAGGCUAUGGGAGGCUGGGAAGGAGGGAUUAGGGUACCUGGGAUCUUCCGGUGGCCCGGCCGUCUGGCAGCAGGAAGAGUGGUGGAAGAACCCACAAGCCUUAUGGACCUGUACCCCACCCUGAAGUAUCUAGCUGGGGACAAACAACCAGAUAGAGAAAUUGAUGGCUACAACCUCAUGCCUCUGCUGGAAGGGAAAGCUGUGCAAUCAGAGCACGAAUUCAUGUUCCAUUACUGUGGCAUCUACCUCAAUGCAGUGCGCUGGCACCCCCUUGGCAGCGACUCCGUCUUCAAGGUGCACUUCUUCACCCCAAACUUCUCUCCACCUGGAGCUGGUGGAUGCUAUGACACAAAGGUUUGCCUUUGCCACGGCGAUCAUGUGACGCACCACAACCCCCCACUUCUGUUUGAUCUUUUCCAUGACCCCUCAGAGUCCCGCCCCCUGACUCCAGAUACUGAACCUCGUUACGCUGAAGUCCUUGAGCGGACUGCCAAAGCCGUAAUGAGACAUCGGAGCACUCUUCCACCAAAAAUGACAUCCGCUGGCGGUGCUUCACAGGCCAGCACAGAUGUGCACGGUGUUCAAAACCAAAUGACUUGGGAAAAGAUUCUCUGGAGACCCUGGCUGCAGCCCUGCUGUGGGACUUUUCCGUUCUGUGGAUGCAAAGAGGAUGAAGCUAUUUAUGAGAGCAAAGCAGCAUAGUUUUGGUUUGGUCAGCAGUUACACUUUUUUAAGCAUAUCUUUUACAAAUCAGGGAUUUUUCACUUGUUUUAGCAAUUUUAUUUUUUUAUUUUACUAGCAAAUUCAAUCUAUUUUUACUUUAAAAAAAGCACUUUACAACUGAGGGACCAACAUGUUGUACAGGUUAACAGAAGCAAAAAGAAAAAAUACAUGCUAAAUUGAACUUAAAAGGUCUGGUUAUUGAAUAAUCACUCCCAUUUUUACACUGGACUGUUUAAAAUUAGAAGAAAAUUAGGUGAAAUUUGACCAAAUCAAUGAAAGAUGUACGGGCUUUUUACUGCUUACUGAACAGGAAAUAAUCACAAAAAAAGAGAUUUAAAGUCAAACUCAGGCUCACACAGUUCUCAAUAGACCUUUGACCAAAGUAGAGAAGAAAAGGAAAGAAGCUGCAGUAUUACAGAAAAGUGCUUUUCCAUUCAAAAAUGCCAUAGGCUUGCUUCAGCCCUCUUUUUUUUUUCUCAAACAGCAGACAGUGGCUGCCCUCUUUUAUCUGUAGCAGAUCAAUAAACGGCUCAAUGUUAGAAGAGAGAUAUAGCUGGGUACUUAGUAUUGACGGUUAAAAAAAUCACACCCAUUUAAAAGUCAUUAUUGUUAUAGUACAAAGUAUUGAUCAGAACCAAAAUGUGAAUAACAUUAUUAGGGUUUUUUCUCAUUAAAAACUCACUGUUUUGUUUGACGUUUUACUGUGUGAGGCCUUGAUUUCUUUAGGCUUUCUUUCAAUUUAUUAAGGCAUGAAUUAUUCCUUACCUUCACAUAAAAUCUACAAACAAUCUUUGUUCACGAAUGUACACACUUUUUUGUUUAUUUAAACUAAUUUUUGCUUUUUAAAUAACUAUUUUUGCUGAGAUCCUCAUGUUUAACUGUUGAGAUAAGUUUGAUUGGAGUUACUUUGUGGCUGUUUAUUUUCAAAUACCUGAAAUUGAAAGGAAGAAAAAUUUAAUCACAAUUUGUUUUUAGUUCUCAUUUGAUAAUGAGUCAAUAGUUGUUUAUUUAAAAAUAAAAUACAAAAAAUAUGUUUUUGUAUUUUAUGCAUUAGACAUCAAAGUUCUAUUGUGUUUAACUAUAAAAAAACACAUUUACCACUCAAUUAUUGAAGAUUGCUGUGACUUUUCCAGUGUUUAGUUUGUAAAGUGAGCAGUAGGGAUGAAACAAAACACUAUCUUCAUGAUUUGGUUCAAACC